AUGUUCUUCUUCUUCGUGUGCGGCGAGCACACCUUCCGCAAGCCCGUCGAGGGCUAUGAGGGUUUGGUCUGCCAGUGUCACAACUGUCACAACAUGGCUGGCCACGUCAUUAAGAGCCAUCCGUGGUUUACCUUCUGCUGGAUUCCUGUUAUUCCUCUUUCCUUCAAGGGAUAUACCGAUGUCGCUUGCCACAUCUGCAACUUUGCUCAGCCGCUGGAGAGCCGCCCCGACGUCACGGCAAUGAAGGGCGGGGGCGGGCCGGGCUUCCAGCACCCUCCGCCUAUCCAUUCUCAACCUCCUCCAGGAUGGGGUCACGCGCCGCCUGUUCAAGGCCAGCCUCCUCAGGGAUGGGGACAAGCGCCGUCCCGAUAUGGAUGA